GUAGGAUCGAAGCAUUAGAUAAUAGCGAUCACGAUGGGGCGAAUCCUCAUGAGGAGGAAAGAAGUUCGUUCGAAAGUAAAUAUUUUGCGAUUGUUACUAAAUUGGAAACGCUCAUAGAGAAUAGGCAGAGAAUAGAACAGACUCCUCAUACGUUACAGAAUCUCCACCAAUCAAGAGAGAGCACGCCGAUUAUUCAGGGACCAACUUCCACAAAUGAUUCCUUGAAAUUACCUCGUAUAACCUUACCCACAUUUGCAGGCAAAUAUGACGAGUGGACAGCCUUCCAUAACAUGUUUCACAGUAUGAUUCAUCAAAAUGCUGCGCUACCGGACGUCCAAAAGAUGCAAUAUUUGGUGUCAGCGCUAAAGGACGAGGCAUACGACAUAAUCAGUUCGCUUGAGCCUUCCGCAGAAAAUUACAGGGAAGCAUGGCAAAUGCUCAUCGAAAGGUAUGACGAUCCUGGUUUUAUUAUCAGCAAGCACGUAAAAGCGUUAUUCGAGCUUCCGCACAUGAAUAAAGACAAUCAUGCUGUCUUGAGAAAAAUCCUGGAUACUGUAUUAAAACACAUGCGAGCACUUAAAGCUUUGAAGAGACCAAUAGAGCAAUGGGAUGACUUGAUGCUACACAUAGUUACAACUCGGUUAGAUCAAACGACUGCUAGAGAAUGGGAAACAACGAUAGAAAGAGGUAGUAUUCCUUCGUUUAAGCAACUUAUCGCAUUUUUAACUCAACGUUGCAGGGCGUUGGAGGCAUCAUCAAGAGAUCAGAGCACACCAGGCUCUAAUAUCUCGAGAGAAAAAUCAGUGCAGAGUAAGAAGAUUACAGCACAUGUAGCUACCACGAAGAACAGUUGUGCGUAUUGUCGUCAGGAAACACACAAUAUUUACAGAUGCAAGGAUUUCUUAGCAUUACAAGUGGAACAGCGAAUAAAGGAAGCGAAAGCUCGCAGAAUGUGCUUGAAUUGUCUGAAGAGUGCUACGCAUCAAGCUAAAGAAUGCUCAGCUGGCGAAUGUCGUAAAUGCAGCAAGCGGCAUAAUACGCUACUGCAUUUCGAGCAGGCUGCCAAAGGCGCACCGGAUGCAAAUGCAAAGUCAAUCGAAUCCCAUAGCGAAGAAAUUACAAAAUCAACCAGCAUAAGCUGUGCAUCAGUGGAUCAAGCGCAGCAAGUUCUAUUGGCAACUGCGUUGAUAAAUGUGCAGGAUGGGAAAGGUGAAAUCAGAUCCGUCAGAGCGUUACUGGAUAAUGGCUCUCAGUCAUGCUUCAUUACGAGUGACUGUUGUAAGGAGCUGGGACUUAAGCUGAGCGCAACAAGCGUACCAAUUUACGGAUUGACCCAGCAGCUCACUCGAGUCAGGAAUUCAGCAAGAAUUAUUAUACAAUCCAGAAUCACUGGAUUCAAAAGAGCAAUAGACUGCCUAGUAGUCGAGAAAAUUACUCAGGAUUUACCCAGCAAUGUAGUGGAUAGUGCGCGCCUACGAAUCCCAAAGGGCAUUCAACUGGCUGAUCCACAAUUUGAUAGACCCUCGAAAAUCGACAUGCUGCUUGGAGCCGAGAUAUUCUUUGAUUUAUUAGUCGUCGGCACUGUCAAAUUGGCAAAGAAUCAACCCACGUGGCAAAACACACUCUUAGGUUGGAUUGUCUCAGGGAAGUGCACCGAUUCAAGGCAACUAUCAUCAGCAGCUGCCUGCAACGUGGCCACAACUGAACCGUUGAAUACAGCCAUUACAAGAUUCUGGCAAAUUGAGAGCUGCGAGAGAAAGCAUACGCGCACACCUGAGGAACGCUUAUGUGAAGAACAUUUCAUGAAGACGCACAAAAGGAAGCAAGACGGAAGAUUCGUAGUGUCACUCCCAGUCAAGGAGAAUCAAAUGAAACGAUUGGGAGACUCGAGAGAAAUCGCUAAUCAGCGGUUCAAGAGUUUGGAACGACGAUUCAAACGCGACCCACAGCUUCAAGUGGAGUACAGUAAAUUUAUGCACGAGUAUCUGGUAAUGGAACAUAUGCGCGAACUUCCUGAACCAGUUGACAAUACAUGGCCGCAUUUUUACAUGCCACAUCAUUGCGUCGUCAAGGAAGCCAGCAGCACAACCAAGUUGAGAGUUGUUUUUAAUGCUUCCAGCAAAACAACCACCGGAAUCUCAUUAAAUGACGUCUUAAUGAUAGGACCCGUUCUUCAACAAGAAAGUGUUGCAAUACUUUUGCGAUUCCGCACCUACAA